AUGUCGUAUACGUCCGGAUUCAAGAAAAACGAGUCUGCUGUGGCUUCUGAUAUUGAUAGCGACUCGGGUAUUGAUAUUCAUGCUCCAGAAGGCGCCCAUCCUCCAAUCAGACGGUCUCUGUCGUUGUUUUCGUUGCUGUCGAACCAGGAACCGCUUCCUAGGCCGGAGCCAGAGGAGUAUAAGAACUUCUUGCACGACACGAGACACUUUUCGUUGGUUAGGAAUUUGCACAUGGCCGACUUUAUCACCUUGCUCAAUGGCUUUUCGGGUUUCUACUCCAUCAUUUCUUGCUUGAGGUACGCCUUGACGGGUAAGUCCCAUUACGUGCAAAGAGCCCACUUUUUUAUCUGCUUGGGCUUGUUCUUUGACUUUUUCGAUGGCCGUGUGGCUCGUUUGCGGAACAAGUCGUCGCUCAUGGGCCAGGAACUCGACUCUUUGGCUGAUUUGAUUUCCUUUUCCGUGUCGCCAGCUAUAAUAGCGUUUGCCAUUGGCUUCCGCUCCACUGUUGAUGUGCUUUUCUUGUCGUUUUGGGUGCUUUGUGGCUUGACGAGAUUGGCUCGUUUCAACGUUUCCACCAACAACAUCCCUAAGGAUGCCACUGGCAAGUCCCAGUACUUCGAGGGUUUGCCUGUGCCUUCCAAUUUGGUCUGGGUCGUGUUUAUGGCUAUUUUGGUGUACACUGACCGUAUUUUGGAUGACCUCCCGUUGGGAGUGGUUUUGGAAGGCACUUUUGCCGAGUUCCAUAUCAUCUCCCUUGGUUUCAUUAUCCAGGGCUGCGGUGAGAUCUCCAAGAGUCUCCAUAUUCCAAAGCCAUAA